CCCCACCCACUCUGCGGCGGCGAGACGAGGCGAAUCACCACCAAUCGGCACCUUCUGCCUAGCUCCUCUCGGCUCCCCGGCCCGUUCGCCUCAUCGGACCCCCUCCCCGAGCGCGCGCGGCGGAGCACGCCACUUCGAAGCAAUCCCUCCGAUCGUAGCCGUCGUCGUCUUCUUCCUCCUCCCCACCACUGGACUGGCGCGGAGCGGAGAUCCACCCGGACUCGGAUUGAUUCGUUCUUCUGUCGGUUGAACCGAUAUUUCUUUGCCAAUGGCGAGGGAACUGAGCCCUGAAAUAGAUGAUGAACUUUUCAAUGAAGUUUAUGGGAAAGCAUACAGCGGUCCAGUUGCAUCAGCUACAAACAGUGUGAUGCCUAAAGUAAAUGAUGAGAAGAGGCCCCUGACUCAUGAUAAGUCAGAUGAUGAAGAUGAGCUCCGGGAUCCCAACGCUGUUCCUACGGACUUCACUAGCAGAGAGGCUAAGGUCUGGGAAGCUAAAGCUAAGGCUACUGAAAGAAACUGGAAGAAGAGGAAGGAGGAAGAAAUGAUUUGUAAAAUAUGUGGAGAUUCGGGCCAUUUUACUCAGGGUUGUCCAUCCACACUUGGUGCAAAUAGGAGAAAUGCAGAUUUUUUCGAAAGAGUUCCAGCAAGAGAUAAGCAAGUCAGGGAUCUUUUCACUGAGAGGACGAUAAGUCAGAUUGAAAAGGAUGUGGGGUGUAAAAUCAGAAUGGAUGAGAAGUUCCUGUUUGUCAGUGGGAAGGAUAGGUUAAUAUUAGCCAAAGGUGUAGAUGCUGUGCAUAAAAUUAUUCAAGAGGGUAAAGGUAAAUAUAAUCCAAACAGUCCAAAACGGGGUAACUCUAGAUCUCCUCUACGAAAUAUCACUGAAUUUCGGCCUAGGCACUCUGAUUCUCAACGGUCCCGUAGCCCAAGAAUCUCUGGUUCUCAACGAUCCCGUAGCCCAAAAAUCUCUGGUUCUCAACGGUCCCGCAGCCCAAGAAAUGCAUCAUGCUCUCAAAGUAAAGGAUACUAUCGUGAAAGGCAUCUAGAUGGUUGCUUACAUGACAGUAUGCCCAAGUUUUCGAGAGGAUCUCCACAAGCUUAUGCCAACUGCGGAGCAAAAGGCCAUGCAGCCCAAUCAAAAUCUCCAUGCCAUCCCUUUUAUCUUGAUGAUUCCCUUAGAACACAUGGCGGGAAUAAUCAAUAUGCUGCAGCACAUAUGUCCAAUAACUGGGGCAUUGAGAGGCAUGGAGCAGAUUCUCAUUCAGUCCUUAAGUUUGACAUGCCAUCCCACCAACAUACCUUGGAAGAGCUUGAACUGGAGUUUAAAAGGGAAGCUACCGAAUUGGCUAGAGCCCGUGACCAAGAGGAAGAUGAAGAGAACUACAAGCAUCGGGAGUCCCUGAGAGUGAUGAGAGAAAAUUACAUGGAGAGAGUGACUACCACGAGGAGUUUGCAUGCAAGGAAGUGGGAGGAAUUUCUUGAACAAACCACUAAAAUGCAACAGAAAGCACAGACUUACACCCAAAUAGGUUAUCCAGAUUUUGAGCAGAGAACUACACAUAUUUCAGCUACACGUCAAACAAUGGAUUCAAAGAGCACAUAUCCAUAUGCUUCUGAUAACUAUUCAGCUACAAAGGCUCAUGCUGCUUAUGGCGAGUUUCAGCAUGAGAGGCAUGAUGAUUUUGGGAGGACCUAUGGGCGAUAUUAGCUAUUGACUAGUGGGCGAUUGUGUGAGGAAUCAGUGUCAAUGGUGUGCACUUAGCCCUCUUAGCACCUAUUUGCUGUUAUGUAGUUUGAGAAGGUAAGAAUUCAUAUUUGGCCAGGACUUUGCCUUCCUGUUGCACUUUCUUUUGCAGUCAGUACCGUCACAACGGGAUGUGGGAGUGGAACUGUCCAUGUGAAUUUCAGAUAAUUGUACCAAGCCGCUUUUCAAUUAAUUUUGCGGGAAUGCUGUAAACUAUGUUAACAUUGUAUUAGUUAUUCCUGCCUUCUCA